GUCAACUGUUGCAUUGGCCCACGCUACCAGGGCAACAUCGGAUCUUCUCUGACUACGCACCACGAUGUCCAAUUGAAUUGGAACAGUUGAUUAUCCCACCAUUUUAUAUCCAUGUGAAACAUUUCAUCAGCCAUGGCAGACCCCAAGAACACGGAAGAGGGUGUCUAUGUGCCACCCACCCCCACCGUCACGUAUACCAACCCCAGGAGAAUAGCACCUGAGAAAUCUAUCACCUUGCGACAUCAUCGUCUAGCUCGGGAUUCGUCAAGACGACACCCCCCACCGACCAUUCCUAAUGCCCACUCGAGUGUAGCUGAACCUGAACGUCAGACGAGUAUAGUUAGAAGGAAUUCAUCGGAUGAAAGUAACGAGACAAAAUGGAGCGAACCCAGACUGUGGUUCGAAGAAUCGAACCAGAAUGCGAAGGAUACCCUUGAGACCAGCGAAAUGGACAUCGAUCCUCCAUUCUUCCAAAAGGAAACGGACUCGUCGAACGAAGAAACCAAUAACCGGGUCCCGUCGCUUCCCGUGUACGGGCAGGGUCAGAGUCGGGGACCUUCAUUUCGACCGAGUGUCACAAAAAGUAGCAGUGCUGAUGACUACAGGAGUGUUAUUGAUGACCUAACUAUUGAGAACAAGCGUCUUCGAGAAGAGUUGAGGAAAUUUAAGCAAAUGGGUCCAAAUUCCUUACGAAAUGAUAAACUUUUCGAGGUCAAAGUACACGGCUUACCCAGCAAGAAAAAGAGGGAGCUUGAGGCUACGUUGCGAGACUUCACUACGAAGCUCGAACGCUCAAGCACUGGUGCCUCCACGAGUCGGAAACGAGCCUCGGGAAAGUCCAAGGAAGGAAACUCGUCUGGCUCGAAACACACGUCAUCUACUUCGGGCUCCAACUCGAGACCUGUUGAUUCGGCCUAUGCAUCCAUGGAGACGGGACAAAGUUCCUCUAACCCUCAGCCUGGACAAGCCAGGGCUGCCCGACUCCGAUCGAACCAAAAUAUCCAGCAAUAUCUACGAGAUAUCCCCGAAGGACUGUGGCCGAGACCCGCUAAGAUGACUGAUCACGAAAAGAAGAAGCUUGUGGUUAAACGGCUAGAGCACCUCUUUACAGGGAAAAUGGGCCACCCGAAGGACGAGCCGGUGCCGGCGUUGAUGCGUCCGCCGGCGGCUGUAACGGAAGAUGUUGAAAUGGAAGACAAUGGUGCUAAACUCCGUACUGUUCAAGAGGCAGCGCGAGAAGCUAUAAUCCGAACGGGAGAUUCGCGCAAAAAGACAAGUCACUCAAGCACGGGCGCUUCAGCCUCAAACACACGUACUCAGUCACAGUCUCAAUCCAACGCCGACCAAUCUAAUUCCCGUGAUAACGAUAAGGAUAGUGGAAGUGGAAGCGGGAGAAGUGCCAAAGAGGGCAAGAACACGUCACCGCAAGACAGCGAUGAGCCAUUUGAGCAGCGGCCCACCCGUCCACGUGAUCUGGACCCUGAUCGAAAGCAGGUCCCUGCCGACAACAUGGAGUACAUACGUCAUUUAGGCAUCGUUGCACCUGAGUCUGAGCCCUACUAUUCAUCCAGAGAUGUGUCGCCAGACGCAGAAGGGUGGGUUUAUCUUAAUCUCCUGGGCAACUUAGCGCAACUCCACAUACUUAAUGUUACGCCCGACUUCAUCCGAAGCGCCGUCUCGGAGAAGAGCACGAAGUUUCAAUUGUCUCCAGACGGUCGAAAGAUUCGAUGGCGCGGCGGUGACGAAGGCACCAGAUUUACUAGCGACAGUGGUAGCAAGUCUCAAACCUCUCGUUCAGGCGACGAUUCCGAAGAUGGAUCAAACGAGCAAAAUCAGCGAAAGAAACCAAAGGGGUCCAAAUUCAACUUGGGUGUUCAGAAUUCUAACUCUUCUCAAGACUUCCACUACAAGCCUCUCUUUGUGCAUCACCCGACUUCCCUGCCAGAUGGACAGUUGUCCAGUGUGGAUGAGAGUUAUUCGUCACUGGGGCAAUCCGAAGAUAGCAACGGCGGGAUGCGUUCGCGGUGGGCCCAGAGCGGUGUUUCGCCCGAACAGUCGCAGCAACGCAAGCGACGACGGGAUGGUGCCAUCAUUUACUACAGCGGGGCACCUUUCUGUACGGAUCUCUCUGGUGACUACGGUGAGGGUGAGGUAUCCGCUGACACAUACGAUAUGACGUCAUCGGAUGAUCAGCAGGGGCGGCUCAGGAGGGAGACGGACCCUGUGCAACUCCACCUUGUCCACCGCCCCUACGUCAAUCGAUCCCCUUCGGGAUCUUUUAUUCAAAUAAAACCACUCAGCGAGCCCAUGUUAUGCUCGAUUACCGAUCAUGCAGAGUCAAUGUCAAGUGAGGACGACAGUGGCAUUGAAGCCGACUUCUCUUGGUCAGACUCUGAUCAGCAAUCGCGAUUAACUAAUCUUGAAGCGAGCGGCCUUGGCGGUACAUAUCCAGACGAUCACUUUGUUGUCGUCGUGUCUACUAGACGUCCCAAAAAUGUCACAUUCUACGACGACGACGAUGAUGGCGACGAUGAUGGCGAUGCCAGCUCUGACGAAGACCGUGAGUCGCUUAAGCAGCGGCAGCCCGUCAAACGUAUGAGCCAUGAUACCACUACUUCACGAGAAACCGCCGAUUCGAUUGCUAGUAGGAUGGCCACGAUAUCAACCACAUCUCCCAUGGCAAAGAACAACUCUGCUCGCAGAGUCGUAAAAAUCAAAAUUGAGUAUGUCGCUAGCGAGACGCGCCGCUUACCACCCGUGCCUCUGCCACCACCAACCUUCUUUUUCCGCUCGGGUGACUCCGAGGAUACUGAAGAAUACGGUCCAAGUUUGGAUGACGAUGUCUCCGUCUCCUCAGAAAGGAGCGUCUUGAGCAAACGACCCAUGCUUGAAGGCAGCCCAGGCUCUGACAAUCGUGAUCUCUCCGGGAAUGAUGAAGAAGACGACUUCUCUGAUAGUAGUCCUAGCCUUAACUUUGAAAAAAAGAAGCCUUCCAAACGACCGAGUAGGAUGUCUGGAACAGGAAGCGGAGGUGUGCCUUUGUUGUCGAAAGUACACACUGGGAGUUCAGCGGCUACUGCAGGUGGUGCAGGCAGCGGCUACUACAGCUCCAUGGAAGACGCCUAGUCACGCAUUUUUUAUUUUACUAUUUCCCCCCUUUUCUGCAAUAUUCGCGAGUGCUACUUUUUGGGGGCGACAUCUCGUCAAUCUUUAUGUUUGAGUGGUUUAUAGUAAGACUGGUAUUCGGAGUAUAGCGAAGCGAAUUUGGUUUUGUCACAUUGGAAAGAAAGGCGCCUACGGGAUUCUGAAUGGAAAAUCUUUUUUUUCGGUGAUACCAUCAAUUGCACGCUGGAAAGAAAACUUGGGAAAUCUGGGUGGAAUGGGUAAUCUUGAAUCAUAUGACCUGUCGGUAGACUUCCAUGAACAAUAUUUAAUUCGAUCCUACCAAAAAUGAGCGUCCAUUAAUGAGAAUACAAUCAACUGUCUAUCUGAUGC